UGUCUGUCUGUCUGUCGAUCAAACCAGUUCGUUCUCGUUCCUUUCGACCCAACUCUUAAAAAAAACCCUAGAUCGCUCUUCUCAAACCCUAAUUCUUUCUCAAUCUCAAAUUAUUUGGAUUGAUCGAGCGUCACUGCUCGCAUUUUAAGGGUUUGAGCUUCUUGAUUCGAGGGUCUUGACGAAAAAAUGACUAGCAAAAGGGAGGAAGAGCGGAACGAGAAGAUAAUAAGGGGUCUAAUGAAGCUUCCUCCUAACCGAAGAUGCAUAAACUGCAAUGGGUUGGGGCCUCAGUAUGUUUGUACAAACUUCUGGACGUUUAUUUGUAUGGCAUGCAGUGGCAUACACCGUGAGUUUACUCAUCGUGUCAAGUCCGUAUCCAUGUCCAAGUUUUCUUCCCAAGAAGUCGAGGCUCUUGAAAAAGGAGGUAACCAGCGUGCUAGGGAAACAUAUCUGAGGGACUGGGACCCACAAAGACAAAGACUGCCUGAUAACAGCAAUGCUGAAAAAGUUCGAGAAUUUAUAAAGAAUGUCUAUGUGGAUAGAAAAUAUGCAACGGGAAAGCCAUCUGAUAAGCCUCCCAGAGAUGCUCAGAAUUUUAGAAUUCACGAAGAUGAAACAAGACGAGCUAGUUCGUACCACUCCUACUCUCAAAGUCCACCAUAUGAUAAUCAGUACGAAGACCGAAUCUAUGGAAGGCCUGUACAUGCACUUACCAGAAGGCCUGGUUCUGAUCGAAGCCUUUAUGAAGGGAAAGUCUCUAGCUUCUCCAGUCCUAGUCGCUUAAGUGACCAACUGAGUGAGGACAGAUUUGCCAAUGAAGAACCUAAUAACAGAGUUUCAGAUUAUUCUGUGUCUAUGUCUGGCGAUCCGUUUAGGACUCAUCCAUUGUCACCAAAUUUUCAGAGGAAUACUGGCAGCCCUUCUAGUCAGACUUCCGGGGACACUUUCAGCGAAGACUCGAGGCAUCACAUAGUGAGUUCUUUUACAGAGACAAACUCCAAAAUGGAUCCCAAUGGACUUCCGCGACCACAGAGAACUGCUUCUACCGGGAAUUUUGGAUCAUUUGAUAGGAAAUCAAUGCCAUUUAAGUCUGUUAGUUCUAUUGAUUUAUUCAAUAUUGCACCACAACAUGAGCAACCAGCUGGCAUUUACAAGUCUGAUGGGCAUGAUGUUUCCUCCUUGAUGGAGCCUUCAACGAAUAGGGAUUUACGUGGCCUAGAUCUAUUUCACACAACAGCUGUAACUCAAAAUAUUGCUUCAAAUACUGCAAUUGACUUUUUUCAGUUACCUGGUGCUCCAAAAGCUCCACAUGCUGAUUUGUUUCAGCCUCCCAGCUCAUCUGUUCGAGAGGUGGAAGUAAAUCAGGCAUCUAUAUCAGAACCACCGUCAGAUACAUUCUCUGGGAAAGUUACUUCACUCCCAAUUAGAACAUCCUUAGAUGAGGCUGUCAUAAAGAACGAAGGAUGGGCAACAUUUGAUACACCUCAUCAUUUACCUGAUCCUAGUAUCAAAGAUGCAGCUCAAGGAGUGUCAACUUCUGUUGCUGGAAAUCAUGUAGGAAAGAUGGACCCACACUUGUCUCCAAACACAAAUCUUCAAUGGUCAGCAUUUGGAGAUAAUAGUAUUCAUGGGUCUUCGCCGGUCUCUAACCUAUGGCAUGAGGACCUAAACAGUUUCCAGGUGUCUUAUGAUAUACCAACUCAGCCUUGGGAUGCCACCUUUAAAAAUUCAACGGAACAUUUCCCUCCUGGGAACAUCCAUCCUGGUGGUAAACAUGUUGAUGUUCUUGCUUCAGAUGUUAGCCACUACAUGGGGGCAGGUGGUCCUCAAUCACAUGGCAUUGAUUGCAGAUCAACAAAUCCUUUUGAUCUUCCAUAUGAUACUGACCUUGAGCCCAGCAAUAUGUUCUUGGACAUGAAUUCUUUGCAAACAGCAUUGUCAAGUGAAUCAAUGUCAAAUUCUUACAUUGAUGUCAUGGGUGGUCAGCCUUGGUUUUCUCAAAAUACUGUUGUGCCUCAAGAUCCAUCACAAGGUUCCUUGGCAUUCAUAGGAGGUGAAGUUUCCAGCACACAGUUACCGAAUGUUUCAGCACAAGGCCCUGUUGCGUCUGUAGGAGGAAACCCGUUUGCUUAAUAAGAUUUUUGUGAUGGAGUCUGGAGAAGAAAGAAAGAAAGGAAAGGUACGAAGCAAGGGCUAUAACUGUCCAAUUAUUAAUUAUUUUCUGGACAAAUGCCGGUUUCAAAUGCAAAAAAACCAUCGUUAUGGGUUCGUCAACAUUUCGGAAGGUUGGUUUUAUUUUAUAUAUAAUUAUAUUUUUGAAGCAUUUUGGUUGAAUCGACACUUUCCGAUUCUCUUAUCUUCGAAAAAAAGGCUUGGAUGGUAGGGGCUUCCUCUUCUCAAGGGUCUUCAAAAUGUACUGUUACACCACCUUCUUUAGGGCUCUUCUGUCUAUUUUUUUUCCAGCCACUUUUGCAUUUUCGGUUUAUUUGAAAAUAAUUGUAUUAAAAUGAAUGAAUCUAUGUAGUUUAUGCUACUGAUUUUUUAAGCCUAUGAAAAUAACGUGAGUAUAUUAAUUAUUGUUUUUUU